AUGUCUUUGGUCCCAUAUUCAUCUCGAGACAGUCGGGAGAUCGUGCUUCGCCAUGAUGAUGCGAUCGUUAUACGAGACCCCAAUACUCAACAAUUGGCUUUGCGAAGUGCCCCUCCCAGUCUUGCCUUGAACGACUGUCCGACAUGCCAUCGACCAUUGCGAGCACCAUCUCCCGAACGACAACCUACUCCUUCUGCUCGAGCAAAUGCUUUCAUAGCCCCAGAGUACUUUCGCAUGCUGCAUGCUGCAAGUGGUGGUUCGAAUGAACAACCUCCUUCUAGUCCGAUUCGCAGGCUCGUACAGCCUACUUCACCGUCUGCGAAUUAUGUGGAUGAUGCAGAAGAUAACGUGGAAUUUGUGACGAGUAGCCCAGCAGUAAAUACAGGUCAUUCCAUAAAGAAGGAAGCGUUUAGCCCGAACUAUUUCCAGAGAUUCUUCACCGAGGAGAGGGAGUUGGGUCGUGGGGGGAAGGGAGUAGUUCUUUUAGUCCGCCACGAGCUCGAUGGGGUUUCCCUAGGGCAGUUUGCUUGCAAGAGAGUACCCGUGGGAAAUAAUCAUGCAUGGCUAGAGAAAGUCCUUAUUGAGGUCCAGCUUUUGCAAGGACUUUCUCAUCCAAAUCUCGUAUCUUACCGACAUGUUUGGCUGGAAGAUGUCCAAUUGAAUCGAUUCAGUCCCUCAGUACCUUGCGCUUACAUCCUUCAGCAAUAUUGCAAUUCGGGAGAUCUUCUACGUUAUAUUGCCGGGCCUGCACCUAAAUUGCAAGCCACAAAAGAACAUUUGAAGGAGCAGAUGCGAAGAAGGUCGAGAGGUGGUGCAGAUCGGCCAGAUCUGAGAUCGUCUCAACGCAAAUUACAGUUCGAGGAAAUCUACUCGUUCUUUAAGGACAUCACCUCUGGUCUUGCACAUCUCCACGCCUCCAAUUACAUUCAUCGAGACCUAAAACCAAGUAAUUGCUUGCUCCAUCAGGAUGGAAGUGAUAUGCGAUGCCUCAUAAGUGAUUUUGGAGAAGUUCAAGCAGAAAAUGUUGUAAGGAAGUCAACUGGAUCUACAGGAACCAUAUCAUAUUGUGCUCCCGAGGUCCUGAAACAGGAUCAGUUUGGUCGUUAUGGAAAUUUCACCACAAAAUCUGACAUCUUCAGUUUGGGUAUGAUAUUGUACUUUAUGUGUUUCCGACGACUCCCUUACAAGAGUGCAGAUAGCUUCGAGGAAGACUUCGAGGACAUGGAUCUACUUCGGGCGGAAAUUAGUACUUGGUCGGGGUUUCAAGAUGAGCGGCGGGAGCGGCCAGAACUACCAAACCAGCUAUAUAACUUUCUCAAAAGACUGCUCGCCGUCAAUCCUAACGAUAGGCCAAGUGCAAACGAAAUUCUAGAAGCAAUCCAAACGGAAAGAGGUCUACAGAAUCCAGCGCGAGUACGACAUGGUAGUGCAUCAGGGAUUCGUGGACGGAUUCAGGCCAUCGACUCACCCAUGCCAUCCGAAACACCAGUCAACGAACGCGAGCCGAAGCGUGUGAGCUCAAGAGCAUAUAUCGAAGAUCAUUCAUCCGAGACCUCGUCUCGUUCAUCCUCACCCACACCAACAUCCCACUUUGCUGUCGAAAUCAGUCGACAUCGCACUUCCGGUUCUAUGUCAAAACCACUCAUCACUACCCCGCUUUUGAUGCCACCACCCACCACAUUCAUGUCUUCCGUCGUGAAUCGCAUAUCCCUCUACGGUCAUUACAGCGAAACAUGGACUCAUCACAACGAGCAAUCUCUUAAUCUACUAGCUAGAACAUCAGUCUUUCUUUUCAAAGUUUUCAUGAUUACCAAACCAUGUCUAUCUUCGCUUGCACGACGAUGGAUAUGGUAUCCGCUUGUGAUUAUAGCCGCCGUUGAACUGGGUCUCGGGACAAGAAUAAGCUGGGGCAUAUCCGGCGGUCUGUUGGCAUUUCAUUUUCUGGCGGUAGAGGUAUUUGAUUGGUUUGGGCCAGGCAUGUGUAAUGGAAGACUUGGGGAGCAUGAGAAUUGGCAUCAAAACGGUUUCUAA